AAAACUUGAGAGCAAACGACAAAAUUAGGGUUACCUCCAAUAUGCUAAUAAACUCGAUCGACGUAAUAAGGCACAAAAUUAGACACUCCGUAUCUAUCAGUUCCAGUAGGUUGAAUAAAGAAUCGACCUAGCUGCAAAAACCAUAAACCUAAAGGUCCAAUAGUCACCACUCUCUGUUGUAGAACCAAAUUUUUAUCUCAAGAGACAUAUGUUUCAAUAAAAAAUUCAGUCUCUAAUCCUCCUUCUACAACUCCAUUUAUUGAACUCCAUUCUAUUUGUCAUGGAUUGAUAUCGGAGUUGAAAUCUUCUACUUGCCUAGCUUAAAUCCCCAAUAAUAAAAUCGUAGUGCCAAGAGAUACCAAAAGAUUGAUUUCAAAGGCGGCCUUGUAUUGAAAAGUGAAAGGGGCGUAAACUAUUGCACGAUAGAGGAAAUUUUGGAGGAAGUUAAAAGAGAUAAGAACAAAGAUAAAAAAAGCACUAAAUUUAAAUUUAAAUUGAAAAUUUCAAGGAUACAACACGCAGUAACAUAAUUAGUUUCUUCUAUGGUAGCCAAUUACCAAUCUACCUUUAGCAAAAAAAUUAAGGCGAGAGCAAAAAAAUUUAAAAUUGAGAAAAUUACAUGAAACUCUAGCUACUAUGAAAACUGAAGUAUCAAGCACCAUAAAAAUAUAUACGGUAGACUUAGUGGGCUUGGUAAUCAUGAUGGGAAAUUCAUCCAAUUUUCAGAGUCUAACUUUGUGUAUGCUUUGUACUAAAAAAGAUACAACAAAUUUGUUUAGUGUAAUUGGUUGUAAUUGUUGUCUUUCUUUUAAGAGACCCGGGUUCGAAUCCUCAUAUUGAUAUUUUUAUAUGAGAUAAAUAUUUAAUUGUAAAGACAAAAAUGUCCUUCCUACUUUCACUCUCGUUGCAGGAAAUUUGGAAUGGAGAAAAAUUCACAAAACUCUACCAUAUAUUAUUAGAGGAUAUAAAUAAAUGGGUUACUGUCAUGUUUAAUGAUCUGAUGAUUGAGGCAGCUGGGGUUUGGAACACAGGGGUGUGGUGCAUUUAGCUGUGUGUUUUCCAUGACUACUACUCUUUGGUCUAAGGACAAUUUACAAUUAAUUAUAAGGGAUUAAUGGCUAUAUAAAAUAGCUCAACAUUAAGAAUAAUAUUAUUGCAAUUAGGUCUUGGGUAGUUGGAAUUUUGAGAUUGAUCACUCCUAGGUAACUAGUUGGAUUCAUUUGGAAAGGUGGUUUAGCAAUGUGGUUAUGUUUUCGGACAAGGAAUUUUUUUUUAUGGGUAAACCGGUUAUGUAAUAAUUAAGUUUGGUAUUAUAAAACUAAGCAAUCGAGUCAAGCUAGCACGCGUGCUUCACAAACUGAACAAGACUUAGCUCAUGUUCGGCUCAUUAAUAAACAAGUUGAAUUUCAAACAAAAUUUUCCCGACUCAAGUGAAGCAGCUCGACUCAUUACCAUCCUAAUUUUAAACAAAACAUAGAUUUUCACUUUCAGAAUAUUCACUGGCGGAUCCAGGGGGUGGCCGCCCCAGCCCUCCUCUGGAUCCGGUGUUAGUAUAGUCUUUAUGAAUUUUUCGAUUUUAGACAUUCGACCCCUUGUUAUUCUAUAAUAAGAUUGGGUAUAAUUAGAAAACUGAUUCCGAUAAAAAAAAAUCUAGAUUUAGCCUAGAAAUUUUAGCUCUAAAGAUUAUUCGUUUAAAAAAACAAUGAAACCUCAAAGUCUAAAAUGUAAAAGACUAAAAGAUAUAUGAGGUUUGUUUCCUUGAAAAUUUAGUAAUUUACUAGAGCAGCUAGUGGAUAUAGGGAUGGACACACAAUGCAAAUUGAUUAGUUGAUUGAUUUGUCUAGUGUUGACGCUGCUAAUUCCAACAGCUACUACAAAGAGAACCUUUUCAACAAUGAAACAUGUGAAAACUUAUUUGCGCAAUAAAAUAAGCGAUGAAUUUCUCGCCGACUGCUCAAGUAUUUUAUUUGAAACAGUGUAUACUAUUGGUAUGGAUGUGGACUCCAUUAUUGAUGCAUUUGCUAAAUUAAAAUACCGUUGUGUACAAUUGACAUUGUAAAAAAAAUUAUAGUAAUUAUUUUUUUACGAUUCUAAUUUUCUAAUGAAAUACGGUCCAGUGCUCUUCUGUGUUCUGGAUCCGCCGCUGGACAUAUUGAUAGGCUGUUUGCAUUGGUUUAGUUGGGUGGGAUCGUAUUAUUAUUGUCUCGGACUCAAGAAUGACAAAGUUGACUGGGCGUUGCUGGCAUAUAGUUUUGGGUUUUUCCAGCCUAAAAGUGAUGGACUUCGGACAUUGAUCACUAUUCACUACCUUGCAAUUUGUUUCCCUUCUUUUCCUUAUCAAAGCAAAGUUUUUUGAUGAGUGAUCACCUUGCAUUUUUGUAGUUAUCUAGAAUGAAAAAUAGUAACGUAAGUUCGAUCCGAAAAAUUUCAAUCAGAAAGCAAAAUUGGUAUGUAAUAUUUAGCGCUAGCGGUAUGAAACAGUUGAACCAUAAUAGAACCACGUUUCAGCAUAAAAUAUCCUAUCACAUACAUUUUCGAUACAACCUCCGAUACGAUUUUUCAAUCAUUGGUUAAAAGGUCAAUAUAUUUAAACUAGAAACUAUCAAUCAAAUUUGUACUGAAAUUAUUAUAGAAAGAAUAAAAUAAAAACUAAAUUCUACUGAUUGAGGGAGAAAGAAAAGACGUCAAUCCUACUUCCUCUUCUCUUUGUACUCUCACAAACACUUCCAUCUUCUCAACUUCUUUAUGGCUGUGAUAAUAAUUCAUCAUUAAAACAAUUUAUCCAUGCUUUGAAAGAAAUGUUAUACCGUUAUUUGUCAGAAAAUAAUAAUUGAUUACAUCUUGAUCUGCUUAACUAAAACUGAAAAUGAAUUAAAAAAAAAAGUCUAGAUGAACUUAAGCACUUAAUUAAGGAGAUACCUUUUAACUAGGGAUGGGCAUAGGGUGGGUCGGAUGGAUUUUGACCAUAAAAUGCACUCAUCACUCUUAAACGGAUUGAUAAUUUUUAACCCACCACCCACCUACAUUUCGUCUCGAGUUGGGUCGGAUGGAUGGUGGAUGAUGCGGGUGGGUUUGCGAAUUCACCCACAUCACAGUGUACAUAAUUCAAAUGAGUCAACUUGACAUAAUAAUCGAUGGAGAGUGUUAUCGCGCGGAAACAAGAAGAUGGAAUAGGGGUGAAAUGUUGAAUUAGUUAUGAAUUUUAUAGAAAUUCCAUUAUGGAGGAUUUUUCUACAGAUGGAGAUUAUUAUCAAGCGCAAGGGACUAACGAAAAUAAUUCACUGGACGAAAGAGAGGUUAUCUAGGCAUAACAAUUAGAGGAAAAAAUAAAGGGAAGAAGAGGGGAUUCUGAUUUGUAAGAUUGGUUUUGAGAUUCAAUCCCCAAGAGCAACCCUAGUUUCUGUCUAAUGUCUCCACUCUUCACUCUCUCUAGGGCCUACAACUUUGUUCUUUUUGCUGUUGUGUUGAGCGGGUCACUCGCGCACCCGCCCACAACUCAUCCGCCACCCAGCAGAUGACUCUCAACGCAACCCGUCACCCACCCACAUAAUCAAAAUUCGGGUCAAAUACGGGUGGAUCGACUGAAAACCAUGGUUGAUCCGCCCACAUACCCAGCCCUACCUUUAACCACAUAAUCUCCUCUCCUCAACUAAGACCGAAAAUGAAACGUUCAUUAGAAAGUGAUAGAUAAUUAGAAGGAAUUAAUCCCAUUUGAUCAGAGAGAGCUAGCAUAGAGCAAAACGGAAGUCGAUAAACCAAACAGUAAUAAUAACGAUUCUCUCCUUCUCUGAGUUCUCUCUCUCUCACACACUUGUUUUUCUCAUCCCUAAGCAAUGCAGCGGCAGUCGCUAGGCUCUCCGGUCUCCAAGCUCCACUUCCAUGGCGGAUCCGACGACACCGAGGGGUGCGACAAUUCCGGCACCUCCUCGCUCUCUCCUCCUCCUUCACUCCUGCUCGAUUCCGACGACCGCCGCCUCAAAACAGCCAAAUUACCUUCUCGCCGCCUCUCCACUUCCGCUUCCUCAUCCUCCUCGCCGACUCCGACUCCGGAGAAGCUCAUCCACCUGAUUCCGAUCAUCCUCCUCUCCUGCUUCCUCAUCCUCUACCUCGUCUCCAACAAUCCCUCCCAAUCAAAUUCGCCGGAAUUUAUCCGUUUGAAGCACACAGCUUCGAUCGAGAUUGAUUCCGCCGUCGCCGACAGCAAGCUGGGCGAGCUCAGAGCCAGGGAAGUGAUGCCGAUUCGGAGCUUCAGGAACUUGCAGGAGACGGCGCCCAGAGACGCGCGCAGAAUGUCCAGCUCCCAACACCGGAAAUUCGCCGGGCUUUGAAACGGAACCCCCAUCCGUCCGCCGCCACGAUAAGUUAAAACAAAACCGUAAUUUUCGUCCGGCCACCGACAGCUAUUUCCAGCUCCAUCCUGCACUGUAAAUCCGCAAUUUUAAUUUGAAUUAGUUGAUGUGGAUUAAAUUUUUUCGUUUGAUGUGAGCUUCUUUUUGGAUUGUGCGUGACUCGUUUGGUUGUGAUUGGCUGGAUAGAAGAGUAGUGAUUGAUUUGAGUAAUUAGUGUGAUAAAUUAGUGAAAGACACCGGGAUUAAGGAUAUAUGAUUUAAUUAGAAGAGAGGAAGGGAAGUGUGGUAACGUGCGCUGCAGAAUCGGAGGGUGAGUGAGUGGCGCUGCUUGCUUUGAUAUGAUUAUAUGUAUGAUCAUUGAUUGUGCGGUCCAGCUGGAGAAUUAAAUGGGCCGUCCCACAAUAAAGUUAGGGUGAUAAC